CAUCAUCAGCUGACAACACAUCCAGCGUGUGAGCAACAAACAAACGUUUAUUUACUGUACUUAGUUAUAUAUGUGUAAUAAUUAUGGCGCAGAAAAUCAGCGAAGCUCACGAGCACAUCGCCAAAGCGGAGAAAUAUUUAAAGACGAGCUUUAUGAAGUGGAAGCCUGAUUAUGACAGUGCUGCUUCAGAAUACGCUAAAGCAGCGGUUGCCUUUAAAAAUGCUAAACAGCUAGAACAGGCCAAAGAUGCGUAUCUCCAGGAGGCCGAAGCGCACGCAAACAACAGAUCACUUUUUCAUGCUGCAAAGGCUUUCGAGCAGGCGGGGAUGAUGCUGAAGGAUCUGCAGAGGAUGCCAGAGGCCGUUGCAGUACAUGAGAAGGCCAGCGUGAUGUAUGUGGAGAACGGCACUCCAGACACCGCUGCCAUGGCCCUGGACAGAGCUGGAAAGCUGAUGGAGCCGCUGGAUCUGUCCAAAGCUGUUCAUCUGUACCAGCAGGCGGCGGCAGUGUUUGAGAACGAGGAGCGACUACGACAAGCAGCGGAGCUCAUUGGCAAAGCGUCAAGACUUCUUGUUCGACAACAGAAGUUUGAUGAAGCCGCUGCGUCUCUCCAGAAGGAGAAGAACAUGUAUAAAGAGAUGGAGAAUUAUCCCACGUGUUAUAAGAAAUGCAUCGCUCAGGUUCUGGUCCAGCUCCACCGAGCAGAUUACGUGGCGGCGCAGAAGUGUGUGCGCGAGAGUUACAGUAUCCCAGGAUUCAGCGGGAGCGAGGACUGCGCCGCCCUGGAGGAUCUGCUGCAGGCGUAUGAUGAGCAGGAGGAAGAGCAGCUGCUGAGGGUCUGCAGAUCGCCACUCAUCACGUACAUGGACAAUGAUGUGAGUACCACACACACACACACACGCAUGGACAUUUACAGCCCUGUGAAGGUGAAAUUAUUAGUGAAACAACAGCUGUAGGAUGUAAAUUAGUCUACGACAAAAGAAAGUUGACCAUAGAAACAGAAUUGAUAUGUGUGUGUGAGGGUUGAAAGAGUAGCGCUUUAGUUAGAAAUGUGUGUGUGUAUACAUACAGUGCUGUGUAGGCAUGGGCCGGUAUAAUGUGAUG